AUGUUGAUAAGAUCAAACGGUCUGUUUCGACCGUCGGCACUAACUUCUAAGUUUUUUAUCCGAUGUUUCCUAACAAAUUUCGCAUCGAAAUCAAUACCAUCACUGUCAACUGUUUUAUCUAACUCAAACCGGUCUGAAUUUCUUGAUUAUUCAAAUGUCAGACAGUCAACAUUUUCGAUCCCUCUGUCCAAAUCACAUAUUCGUUUGUUUCAUAUGUCCAGUCGACGAGAUAAAAGAGAUUACUAUGAAGUUUUGGGUGUGCCAAAAACAGCUUCUCCAAAAGAAAUUAAAAAAGCGUACUAUCAAUUAGCGAAACAGUAUCAUCCGGAUACAACUGAUCAGAAGGAUGCUGCGACAACAAAGAAAUUUCAGGAAGUUUCCGAAGCAUAUGAAGUUCUGAGUGACGAAAGUAAACGAAAGAACUAUGAUGCGUAUGGUAUGGGUAGUGAUCCAUUCAGUUCUAGUCAAGAAUCUCAGCCUGCUAGCGGUGCUCGUGGUUACCCCGGUGAUGCAAACCAAGGUGGUUUCCGUGGUUAUCAAUACUAUCAAUCACAAGUUGAUCCCGAGGAAUUGUUUAGGAAAAUCUUUGGUGAUGCAUUUAGUCGAGGUGGCUUUGCUAAUCACGAUUGGAUGGAUGAACCGGAUGAAAAUCAGUUUGGUCGACAGGGUAUUAGCCAAUUAGCAUUAGAUUUAACGUUUCAAGAAGCUGUUUGUGGUUGUGAUAAGGAUGUUAAUGUGCGCAUUAUUGAUGUAUGUCCAACUUGUCAUGGCACACGAUGUGCAGCUGGUACUCAACCACAACCAUGUCGAACAUGUGGUGGAUCCGGCAUGGAAACGAUUGAAACUGGGCCUUUCUUCCUACGAGCUACCUGUCGAACGUGCCAUGGUCGACGCGAAACUAUUGCUAAACCGUGCUAUGAAUGUUCUGGAAAAGGCAAAACUAUACAAAAGAAAUAUGUCACUAUACCCAUUCCGGCUGGUGUGGAAGAUGGGCAAACUAUGAGAGUUAAUCUCGGUGUCUCAGAAGUAUUUGUUAUGUUCCGUGUUAAACCAAGCGAAAAGUUUCGACGAGACAAAGAAGAUAUUCAUAGUGACAUCAAUAUAUCGAUUGCCCAAGCAGCACUGGGUGGAACAGUGAAAGUGCCUGGAAUCUAUGAAGAUCAUACAUUAGAAAUUCCACCAGGUACACAGUCCCAUCAACGUUUUCGUCUGGUUGGCAAAGGUAUAAAGCGUCUACAAGGUUCUGGAAAAGGCGAUCAUUACAUCCAUGUAAAAAUCAAAAUUCCGACCAAAUUAACCGCAGAACAAAAAGCGUUGUUAUUAUCCUUUGCGGAACAUGAAAAGAAUGCAGAUGGCACAGUCAAUGGUUCGACGAAAUCGAAAUCCGAUGAAAAAUCAAAGGAACAAGAAGGUUUCUUUCGAAAACUUAAACGAGCCAUUUUCGAUUAA